CUUUUUACCACUCCUCUACGUAGAACAUAAUAUUUAACCUUCUUUCUGCUACAAGUGGCAUAUCGUACUUCACUUCCUGUUCAUCCGUUCACAGUUUGCACCUUUCUUUCCUCGCUGCUCUUAAAGUAACAACUGAAUCUCAGCCAAUCGGAGGAAGCUAAGAUUUUGAUUACCUAGCUGACUUGGGCCCCUUCCAUAUAUGUCCAUAUAUUCCUGCGCCCAUGGGUCGAACUCAUCGACUAGCGCCAUCGACCUCUCUUGGUAACAUAAGAGUAGCAAGUGUUCCAGUUUACUACAUAUUUCAGUGAUUUCCGCUCUUUCUAAUUCUCUUUACUUCAUGCUCUUUGUGGGUGUUGUCCAGUGUUGCUGUUGGGCUUCGUAGGAAAUUGAUGCGUAUCCAUGCGAGGAUUUCGAAUGGCGAGAAAAUGUGAUCAGUGGGUAUUUAGUUACCUGUACUGACAAGACAUCGAAAGCUUCCUAUGCCAUAGCAUACGCAUAACUUUAAAAUACAUAACCUCCGAGGGAAAAAUGAAGUCGGGAAGCUCCUUCGAGAAUAGGGGAUCCGUUCUGCUCAAACCGGAGGAAAACGAACAAGUCUUUCAGCUGAUAGGAAAUCGGUGUCAGUGCCUUGCAGCAGGAGUCAUUCAGUUAUACUUAACCGAGCCUCCCAUUCAUAGAGAAUGGUUAAAGAAGUCAUCGGGAAUAAUAACUUUAAUCAGGGACAAUCUUAAAAGAAAUUUUUUUCUCCGCUUAUAUUGUAUUCAAAGAAAAGCAAUGCUGUGGGAGCAUGAGGUUUACAAUUCCAUGGAUUACAAGGCUCCCAGAUUAUACUUUCAUACCUUUGAGGGUGAUGACUGUAUGACCGCAUUUAAUUUCGCGAGUGUUACAGAUGCAGUUACACUGAGAAACAUCCUCCUUGAGAAGCUUAAUAUCAAAAGACAACGGAGGCAAGAAAGACGCACAAAAAUGGAAGCUGAAGCCCAACGUGGUAUAACAUUGCCGAGAAAGAGCUACAGCAGUUCAUUGUCGCUCAAUAUUACACCUGGGAGUGCAACAAAUUUACCAAACGGUUCAUCAUCUAUGCGAGAAAAUAUUAGCGUUUCCAGUGGAUCUUUAUACAAUUCGUAUAUGAAGAAUCGAAAUUCUUCGAAAAGGAGACUAACAAAAGAAGACAUUAGUCUUCCUUCUAACUUUAGACACCUAACGCACAUGGGUUGGAAUGCCAACAAUAAAGGCAUUGAAUUAGACACCAAGGAUCCGCGAUUAAAGGAAUUUUUUAAUAAAGCAGGUGUUUCGGAGCGGGAACUUAACGAUCGAAAAACACGAGAAUUCAUAUUUAGCUUCAUAGAACAUCACGGUGGUUUUAACGAAGUUUUAAAGACGAUGGUUUCCGACGAUCGAUGUAAUACCCAACCAUUGCCUCUUCCGCUUCAUUCGGACAGUCCUCCACCUGUGCCAGCUAGAAUCAUGCCCAUCGGUACAAACUCUUCUUCAACUGGCGAUCAUCCUGUUAGGAGUGGACCUCCGGUUCCUCCAGCGCGGAUAAACGCCCCACCUCCUCCUCCAUGUGCACCUCCGGCACACCGGCCUCUACCAUCUCGGCCUUCUGCUCCAUUGGUAUCGCCUGCGCCAUCGCUGCCACUUGUUCCUCCACCUCCGGUGCCAUCGCAACCACCACCACCGCCACCUCCUCCUCCUCCGCCACCACCACCGCCACCGCCACUACCUGGUUAUAGCAAAGGUGAUACGGAAGGUGACACUCCAAUUCCUCCUCCACCACCUCCGUUGCCCGCUUCUGUUGAAAACAGCAGUGAAUCUUGCAUUUCCAAUCCUACGAAUUACGCCCCUAGUAAUAAUGGAGAAUCCUUAAAGCCAAGGGAUAUGCUUAUGGAAUCAAUAAGAAGCGGUACAACUCUUAAGAAGGUAAAUAAAACUGAUUCAAGACCUUCACCAACUGGUGAUUUAAGAAAUGAUUUGCUUCACCAAAUACGGCAAGGGGUGGAAUUAAAACCAGUCGUGAACGAGCCUAAGUCAAUUCCGUCAGCUGUGAUGGAGGAUGGAAUUGCUGGCGCACUUUCCAGGGCUUUAGCUGAGAGAUCACGUGCUAUACACAGUGAAAGUGAAGACUCCGUUAGUGGGUCAAGUGACGAUGACGACUGGGAUGAUUAAAUAACUGUCAUUGCAGAAAAGGUACAAAUUCUAUUGGAAAAGUAGCCGACUACAGGUAUGAUCGAUCUAAAUAAAUUUUCAAAUUGUCCGUCUUGUAGCUACUCGCUUACUUAGUAAAACCUACAUCAUAUUAUGUGUCAUUAAACGAUUAAACGUGUUGCGAGCAAGGCUAAAGCUUAUUGUGCCUAAGGAUGUAAAUAAAUGAGAAUAUUAGGAAUAGACGAACGUGGAGAACUCGAAUACUAAUUAAACCUAUGAUAAAACACGGUUAAGAGCCCGACAGAAGCACGUUGGCCAUACGAAACGUUGGUGAUACGAAAGGGUCAGCCUAUUUAUAUCUUACAGCUAAAAUCGUUUGUAAAAGUAUUCUCCGAAUUGGGUGUACCGAUUCGUUUCAAAUUCUACCACGUGAAUAUGGAAGCCCUAUGGUAAGUCUGUAUGGUAGGUUUUACGCUUCUUGAAGGCUUACAAUUGAAACCGAAGAGUUUCAGGACCUAGCUCGAACAAUGUGGAAUACUUUAGAAAUGCAACAUUACGGAGUCAGAUAGGAAAAUAUGGAAAAUACUUUAAUGAACGAUUGCAAGGGAAUGUUACCUUGUUCCGUGGGUAAUACAUGUUCCUAGAAGAAAAAUUGAAUUGCAGCUAUCAUCACCAAUGGCGCCAUUGGUCUAUUACACUAUAAAAAAUCGUGAAUCGACGGGAUUUCUACAGUUUUACUUCUACCGCUUUAUAAUUAUUUGACUGAAAUGGCAUAUGGAACUCUUCAUUUCGUAUAAUUCUCAAGAUAGCGUUUAACGGACUUCAACUGCAACGUGACGGUCCAAAGCGGUGCCCUUUCCGGGCCGAGGGCCUCCGAGGUACGGGGGCAGGCCGCCAUUUUGAGGAAACGCGGACCCUUGAGGGCGGGUGGACGCGAAGAGGAAGAUCCGGAGCACCGGUCACAUUCUGGGAGUUGGAGCACGGCCCGCGGCCGGUAAGGGGAGACCUCAAGCGAAUUCGAGAUCCCUCUGCCGGACUUCCGCGGGACGCGGUGGCGGGGGGUCGUCCGCUAGAUCGAGAUUUCGUUUCACGCCCGGGACAGGGUCAGUGAUGUGCCGUGCGUGGUUGUACCUAAGGCCUGCGGAGUCCCCCCACGCAGAGAGGAUCGGGUAGAAUGCAAAGGCAACGGGAUCUUGAAAACCAUCUGGCCAUUCGUUUAGAUAUCCGCUCUUGUACCAUGCAUAGUUGAGCAGUUUGUGAUAAUUCGACGAUGGAAGCCGGUUAUGUCCUAAAGAUUGUAAUUUUAUUACAUUAAAGCGCGUUCGUGAUCUUGAAAUUCUCUUCUAAUUUGGGUGCUAGCUUCCGUAAUCAUUUUCUCGUAAAGAGUAAGAGCCCAACGUUUAUCUUCUUUCUGCUCUUGUGAACCCAGAAAUAGUCCAUAAUUCAGGUCAUGGUGCAAGCUUCAAAGACCUGUUUUUUUCACAUUAUUCAGAAACGGAGGAAUGACGAAUUGAUGAGUACUUACCGUGCGCCGCUCCGACCUUAUAUUAUGACGAACAGAAAGCCGCCAUGUCACUAACUAAAACAGGUACAAUAAAUAAAUAUUGAUAAGAAAUGCACGAAGCACACAUGUAAUGAAUUUUAUUAAUUGCGUUGAUUCCUAAUUACAUUUCCGCUUCUAAAUUCUAAUAUAACGUGUCACAGAUCCGCGUGACACGAUAGUCAACAUGUUAAAAUCGAGCUUUCAUUUCUUACAGAAAUUAAAUUUAUGUACACUUUCAUCAUUUUAUUUUGCGAUUUAGUUUGAAAUGUUGAUUUCCAUAGAAUUACUUAUCUUAAAACAUAUAUAUGAGCACAUGUAUAUAAAUAGGUGACUGGAAUUGCCGUAUAAAAAAAAUCAUGUCCAUUGAAA